AUGGCCACUAUCAGUGCAGCCGCCGUCAAGACCGAGAUGACCAAGCUCGAGGACGAGCUGGUUAACAUUGUUGGGAAGUUCCCAACUUACAUGCGACCUCCUUACUUCAGCUCCAACAACGUUUCCCUGAGCGUUCUUGGUCAGCUCGGCUACCAUGUCAUCAACGCCGACAUCGACACCAACGACUGGAAGCACAACACCAACACAACAUUUCCCGAAGCCGCCAAGGAGUUUGGUCAAGGUCUUGCUGCUGGAGGGUCCAUUGUGCUCAUGCAUGACGUUCACAAGAACACUGUUGAGAACAUUGUGCCCCGGAUCAUCGAUGCUGUUCUUGAGAGUGGAAAAAAGGCUGUUACUGUGGGUGAAUGCCUUGGAGACCCGGAAGUGAACUGGUACCGAAGCUCCCGUUCCUAG